GGGGAGAAAGAUCAGAUAGAGCUAAUACAUAGUUUCGCCAUCAUCACAGCGUUCAAACCAAUAGGGAUACGAAAUCUAAUCCUCAUCUCAAAUCUCCCCAACGCACAAUUUCAAAUCAAAAAGAAAAAAAAUAAGGAUUCCUAGGGUUUUAAGCAGAAACAAAGAUUAGGGUUUUUCACCAGCACUAGCAGAACAAAAGAAAACUACAGAAAGAGAAUAUUACUAGGGUUUAAGCAGAAAGGAAGACCGGGGCUUUUCGGCAGCAGAGCGGCUCCCGCCACUGCUAUCGCAGAGUGUGAAAUGGUGAUGCCAGAGAAACCCUAAAGAUUGGAUAUUUAUGGUGAAAGCUUGGGCCUUUAGGGCAACAUUUGGGUUAAGAGCCUGGAGUCUCUAUACGGGCCUCACCCGUUUUCCCAACCCGGCCCAGCCCAAUUGAUAUGCCCGGAAAAAAACUGAAACUACUCGAAGCUGUUUCAACCCACUUGCUCUUCUGCUUCCUCCUCCGCGGCCACCGCCACCGCCAUUGCCAACCGCCUUAAAUCUCCGAGCCGUCUCCCUCUCUAUCUCUUUCUGUUAGUUAUGGAAUUGGCUAAGCGUUUCUCCAAGCGGCUCUUCCACAGCUUGUAUUUUAUGCAAAGCUCUGUGAAGAGGGAGGAAUUUUACCAGCGGUUUGUAUACAGCUACGUGAAUCGGUUUCAAUCGCAGCACUCGAAAGCAGAGAAAGGAGGAGAAUCGGACACACCGAAAAAGCUGAAAGCUGUUGUUCCUCCGCAAGCUGCUGAUGGUAUUAGCAGCUAUUCGAGUGAGGAUGAAGAUUUGGUGGAUGGUAAAGAGAAAAGGUUGGAGCUUGCUUGGCUGCCCAGAGUUCUCGAGCCAGCUCUUCAAUUGUGCAGAUGGGCUCUGCCAACCCCAGCAGUUUUGAAAAUUGCAGGAAAUGGAGUGGGAAACAAAACUCCACCCACAACUCGAUCGGUCUCGGAGAUCAUUGCAAACAUCCAACGGAGUAAGAUAGGAAUUGAGGAUUGGAGUUUGAGUGAUCUCACCAUUGGUUUGUUUCUUAUUUAUCUUCGUCAAGCUUCUGUAAAUCCGUUUGAGGAUGUUAAUGGUGUUCAGGUCUCCUCAGAUUCAAUGGUACAAGAUCUCAUCUACCACUCUGAGUUAGCAAAAGGUUCUUAUAAGGAUAGUACUGCAGCUCUUGCAAGGAACACCAUGCUUCGUGAAAGCAAUGUCUUGAAAUUUGUCAAAGAUUCCAGUGUCAUGAGGCCUGGAUAUUAUAUAGGGAUAGAUCCUCGUAAAAAACUUGUGAUUUUAGGAAUUCGUGGUACUCACACUGUAUAUGACCUUAUAACUGAUGUUGUUUCUUCAAGCGAUGAUGAAGUCACGUUUGAGGGUUAUUCAACACACUUUGGCACUGCAGAAGCUGCUCGCUGGUUUCUUAGUCAUGAGAUGGGAAAUAUAAGGAAGUGCUUGGAGAAAUAUGAGGGAUUUAAGUUAAGGCUGGUUGGUCAUUCUCUCGGAGGUUCUACAGCUGCUGUACUUGCAAUAAUGCUCCGUAAAAAGUCAGUUAAGGAGCUGGGGUUCAACCCAGAAAUUGUCUCUGCCGUGGGUUAUGCAACACCGCCUUGUGUCUCCAAAGAACUUGCCGAAAGCUGCUCCAGUUACGUCACAACUGUUGUGAUGCAGGAUGAUAUUAUACCUAGGCUAAGUCCAGCAUCUCUAACGAGGUUGAGGAGUGAAAUUCUUAAAACCGAUUGGAUGAGCGUGAUUGAGAAGGAAGAUUGGAAAAGUGUCAUAGAUUUGGUUACAAAUGCAAAGCAGGUUGUGUCUUCGGUGCAAGAUGUUGCUCGGAAGCUUUCUGAUUAUGCAAAGUUUGGGAGCAGUAAACAUUCUUCUGAUGGUCCCAUCAUAAAGAAAAUUCCUACUGCUCCUGGGGUCCCUUUAAAUGACAGAGAAGUAACAGAUAAUGCUGGUGCUAUUAAAAGUGGAGGAGCUGCCUGUAAAGUGCCUGAGGAAUUAUUUGUACCAGGUACCGUCUACUGCCUAAAGAGGAAUGUUGAUGCUCGUACCGGCAGCAGCGGCAGCAGAAGGGAGUAUUUUACACUUUGGAAGAGGCAUCCGGGUGAGCAUUUUCAGAGGAUUGUGCUGUCAAGCAACAUAAUUACUGACCACAAGUGUGUGAGCCAUUACUAUGCAUUAAGAGAUGUGCUCAAAGGUUUGCCUACCUCCGAUGAUGAAGACGAAUUUUCUUAAAUAAUCAAAACAAACUGCUCUGAGUUUACCUCUGUAAAAACGUAGCUCGUAUAUAAGGUUGUUGUAACUUGAAUUUUGCAUUUAAUAAAAUUUAGCAAUUUUGAUUAA